UAAAGCCCCGAUUUUGGGCGGAGAAUUCAAUCUGCAACUUAUAUAGAUUUCAUCGACACUCUCUGCCUUCUUUACUACACCUUCGUAGCUCUCUCUCUCUCUCGAUCAACCACUCCGCCUAAUUUCUUCAAAAUUUGGCAACCUACCAAUACAUUUCGACGUUAGAUAUACAAUAUGGAUUCAGCCGCUGUUACAUUUUGCAGUAAACCAGUAACCUCUCCUCCGGGUUUAUUCGUCGGGAGGUCUAGUGGAAUUAAGAGCUCUCAGUGUAACUUCUUGGUGGGAAACAAGUUGAACUUUCCAAAGCAAAGAGUUCAGUCUUCUCAGAAGGCUCGUAGCUCAGGGAAACGUGAGGGAGCACUUAAUGUUACUUGCCGUGCCGAAAAAAUUCUGGUGGCAAACAGAGGGGAGAUUGCAGUGCGUGUGAUUCGAACGGCUCAUGAGCUAGGGAUCCCCUGUGUUGCAGUGUACUCCACUAUAGAUAAAGAUGCACUUCAUGUGAAACUCGCUGAUGAAGCAGUUUGCAUAGGAGAAGCACCUAGCAGUCAAUCGUACUUGCUGAUACCCAAUGUUCUGUCUGCUGCCAUCAGUCGUGGAUGUACAAUGUUGCAUCCUGGUUACGGUUUCCUUGCGGAGAAUGCGGUUUUUGUUGAGAUGUGUAGAGAGCACGGGAUCAACUUCAUUGGGCCAAAUCCUGACAGCAUUCGUGUUAUGGGGGACAAAUCAACGGCUCGAGAUACCAUGAAGAAUGCUGGUGUUCCAACCGUACCAGGAAGUGAUGGGCUAUUACAGAGCACUGAAGAAGGCAUCAAGUUAGCUGACGAGAUAGGCUUCCCUGUGAUGAUUAAGGCUACAGCAGGUGGUGGAGGUCGUGGAAUGCGUCUUGCAAAAGAACGUGAUGAGUUUGUGAAGUUGUUGCAGCAAGCUCAGAGUGAGGCUGCAGCUGCAUUUGGAAACGACGGUGUAUAUUUAGAGAAGUAUAUUCAAAAUCCUAGACACAUUGAGUUCCAGGUUCUUGCUGACAAAUUUGGGAACGUUGUUCACUUUGGUGAGCGUGACUGCAGUAUUCAGAGAAGGAAUCAAAAGUUGCUAGAAGAAGCACCGUCACCUGCAUUAACACCAGAGCUGAGGAAAGCCAUGGGUGAUGCAGCCGUUGCUGCCGCAGCAUCAAUCGGCUACAUCGGUGUCGGUACUGUCGAAUUUCUUUUGGAUGAAAGAGGUGAAUUUUACUUCAUGGAAAUGAACACUAGAAUUCAGGUGGAGCACCCAGUGACGGAAAUGAUAUCGUCUGUUGAUUUGAUAGAGGAGCAGAUUCGUGUAGCUAUGGGUGAGAAACUCCGUUACACACAGGAUGAAAUCGUGCUUAGAGGACACUCGAUUGAAUGCCGUAUAAAUGCGGAAGAUGCUUUCAAGAAUUUCAGACCUGGACCAGGGAGAAUAACGUCUUACUUGCCGUCUGGAGGUCCAUUUGUGAGAAUGGAUAGCCACGUGUAUACUGAUUACGUUGUUCCACCAAGCUACGAUUCUCUUCUUGGAAAGCUUAUUGUAUGGGCCCCAACAAGAGAAAAAGCAAUUGAACGCAUGAAAAGGGCUCUUGAUGAUACUAUCAUCACAGGUGUUCCAACGACAAUCGAUUACCACAAGCUAAUCCUUGACAUCGAGGACUUCAAAAACGGAAAAGUCGACACUGCAUUCAUUCCAAAGCACGAGGAAGAAUUAGCCGAGCCACAGAAACUGAUAACGCCAAAUGGUGCUAAAGACGUUGCAAAGGCUGUAGCUUAAAAGAGUAGUUUGUUUGGUCAUAUUUUUGUAUUAAAAAUGUUACAUUGCAAGUAAUUUGAUCUGCCAAAUGUCUUUUGAGAUGACUUUUAAUCUAAGGAAUCCGUUUAAUAUUUUGAGACUUCCA